UGUGCUACCGCCCUCAUGCUCUUCUGCCAUGAGGAACUCCUUACAUCGAACACAAUCCCGAUCCUGCUCUUGAUUUGGUUCUUGCUGCCGCUGCCGCUGCUAUUGCUGCUAUUGUUGCGGCAGCGUCAUCAUGUCCAUGCCACGUGGCUUUUGAAGGACCCGGCAGUUAAGCGUCGGUGGCAGUCAUGACGCUGAUCCUG